AUGAAGAAGAUGAAGAUGCUGAAGAAAAAGAAGGCAAAGACGGUAAAGUCCAAAGCAGGGACGCCAAAGAUUGAAACAUCAGUCUCAAAGCGCAGCGAAUUUACGAAAGCUGCUUUGGAAGCAUCUGCGAAAGUUGGUGCUCCCGUGGGCGGUCUGAUCGUGCAAGCAUGUGAAGCAGCACAUGCUGAAGCUCCAGCAGCCCCCAAACUGCGGCCGAUCUGGAAACGUGCGCUUUGGAGGACCUAUGGCAAAACGAAAGCCGUGUCUGUGUGGGUUUCGGAAGAGUGUCUACGGGGUAAGCCCAGCUGUUGGCACUUGGCUAAGGCAUUGCACAGCAUGUAUGACAACAACCAACUGCCAGAGCAUGACGAAGACACUUCAAACAUGGUUGCCGUCUUGCCGUCGGUGGACUUCGACCCUGGAGCCUUUCCGAAACCAGACGAGUGUGACCAUCCUUUUUUUGCCUACGUCCUUUGUCGCGGAGACGCCGCUCGGGAGAUUGCGCGGGGCUUCGUCGCCGAUGUUUGCGCUAAGCAUGGGCUGAAGAAGGACAGCGAUGGCGCUUACAAAAGCGGAGACUAUCUCACCAUCGUGAAGAAGUUCCCGAAACAGUUGAAGAAAGCUGCUCAAAAUUUGCGGGCGCAUGAGUUCGACUACGAGAAAGACGAGCCACUGACCCUCAUUGACCGGGCCGGAACCAAAACGAAGGCAGCCUACAACUGCAUCACGAAAGCAACCGUGGUGCAUGAGGUCAAGAGUCUGGCGAAUAUGGCGGAUGUCAAAGUCGCCAGCAUUGACAGACCACCUAAAUGGUGCUCAGAUGGCUCCGACAAGUAUUUCAAGCUGAGUAUCCAUGGAGUUGUGCACUGGUUCAAUCUGCGAAUUCGGGCUUGCCGAAUUCUUCCACACAAGCACUUGGGCGCUUUGCCUAAUGGCGGGGAUGACGAUGCUGAAGAAGAAGCGCUCACCGAAGCAGAAGUGAAGUUUUUGCGCAAAGCCCCAUUGGCGUGGAAGCUUUCUUGCGAAGCACUACCGGAAUGCGUGUGA